AUGGCUAGGGUAUUGGACUAUAUACUCCAUGUGCUGUUGAUUGUGAGUGGCAAACAAUCUCUUGCGCAAACGUUGCAGACGAUAACCGUCUGUGAGACGCUUGGGCCGGGAACCAUCACAUGUCCUCUCGGAAAAGAAAUCAAUAUUGUUACGAUAUUAUACGGAAGGACUCGAGCUUUACCGGACAGAACAUGCAACCCGUACAACAAAAACAUCGCCAACUAUAAUUGUAUCGGCGGUACACAGGCUGAUAACUACGUUAACAAACAAUGCGCGGCAAAGUCAAAGUGUAUCCUAACAAACUCGUAUUUACUUCUUGGCGAUCCCUGCCCUGGUGAACCUAAAUUUCUGAAAGUAGACUAUCGAUGUAUUGUCCCGACAAUUGCUCCCCCUAAUUCUCCUCAAACAACAACAAAAACAACACCUGUUGUGACGUCACCAAAACAGCAGACGACAACACUAAAAACGACAACGCCAUCAAAUGCAGUAACAUACAAGACUACAACCUUAUCGCCAAGACAGACUCAGAUUACUAUAUGUGAGACCAAAGACCACACCUUCACCUGUCCCGCCGGUAAAGUUGUCUGGAUUACCCACGUGCUAUGGGGCCGAUUACCACCUUCGCCACCAACAUUGUGCAACCCCUUCGGCACCGUAGUAACCGGGGCAAACUGCAAAGGUGGACCUGCCGCGUCAAAAUACGUCGAAGGUCUUUGCAACGGUAAGCCAUCCUGCAAAGUCGCCAACGAUUGGACAAAACUAGGUCCGGAUCCUUGUACCGGAAUUCCAAAAUACCUGCAAGUUAGCUACACAUGCGACAUUCCGACGACAACUCUGUCGAAGACAACUCCAACCCAAACAACUUCUACUCCAACAACGAAAACCACGCCUACAACAAAAACGACGACGCCUUCCACAGCUACGAGCACACCCACAAUGACAACUGCUCCUCCCACAAUGCCACAAACAACACUUCCACCUGGAGCAAAAUCUUCGCUUGUGUGUCCACCAAAGAAAGCUUUUCUGCGAUGCCCACCGGGAUUUGAAAUUUUAAUUAACACUGUAUUUUAUGGGCGGACCAAUCCACAGUCAUGCAAUCCAAGCAAUCUGCCGUCCGGCAGCUUCCAUUGUGUGGGCGGUCCAAAUAGCAAUAAGACAGUUCACAAUUAUUGCGAUCACCAGAGUUCCUGUAUAAUUACUUCAUCCACCUCAUGGCUCCAGGUGAAAGACCCAUGUCCGGGGAUCGCUAAAUAUCUACAGGUUACAUACUAUUGUUUACCUUUAUCUCCGCCUACAACACCUACUACAGCCUCUACUUCAACGCAAACAACAAGUUCUACAACACCAUCGACAACAUCAACCACGCCUACAACAACAUCAACUUCAACGUCAACAUCGACUUCAACAUCAACUACAACGACCACACCCACCACUACAUCAACUACAACUACCACGCCCACAACAACAUCAACUACAACUACUACGCCCACAACAACAUCUACGACAACUACCACACCUACUACAACAUCAACUACUCCGACAACAACCACGACAACGCCCACCACAACAUCAACUACUACAACCACACCCACCACGACAUCAACAACUACGACCACGCCCACGACCACUUCAACUUCAACAUCAACAAGCACAACCACACCCACGACAACAUCCACAACAAUGACUACGACCACUACACGCCCAACGACUCAGAUGACAACAUUACCUCCGUAUAUACCAUUCCACGUACUCGCUAACGCUCCUCAAGGGGCACAAGCGUGUCACGAGUAUCUUGUUUCCGGACAGCACGGCGUUCCAGACAGUCACUUGACAGCAACAAGUUCGUGGAGUUCACAUCUUCCAAAUGACAACAACGGACCAGACAGGUCCCGUUUGUUUACUACAGCUUAUGAUUACGGGAAUGGAACUUUUUAUAGAGGUGCUUGGACAGCAGGCGUUCCAGACAAAAACCAAUACAUCCAGGUUGAAUUUAUGCGCCCAAGUCUCGUUCGCGGCGUGGUUACACAAGGACGCCACUUGAACCCAUUGACCUUGUGUUGUGUACAAAGGGUCACCGAGUACAAGGUAUCCUAUAGCAACGACGGGAGAAACUGGGACACUGUCAAGGACGCAAGUGGAAAAGAUAUGUUAUUCAAGGGAAAUAUAGAUGAAGAUUCCUUAGUGACCCACAUGUUUGACUGCCCGUUUAUAGCAAGAUUUUUGAGGAUUCAACCACAGUCUUGGCAUAAUCAAAUUGCUCUGAGGUUUGAUGCCAUCGGCUGCCAGGCCAUCACCACUGACCUUGGCAAAUGUGACCCGGGCUGGGUGGAGUUACCCGGAACAAACACAUGCUAUCUUUUCUCCAACAAAACUCUUUCGUGGAAGGACUCCAACCGAAUAUGUUUAUUGAACCAUGGACAUCUUGUAGAUAUUGAAUCUAUUCCGGAACGGGACUUUAUAUUGAAGAAGAUCAGUGCAAGUCCUGUUAGUUUAUGGUGGAUUGGGUUAAGUAAUGUCCCCAGGAAGGACACCAAAGAUUAUAAAUGGACGGACGGAAAAGCUCUUGAUACGAAAAUAUUACCAUGGAAAAAGGGCCAGCCAGACAACGGCGGAUAUGGUGAACAUUGCGGGGAUUUCUGGAAUAGAGAACUGAAUGAUGACAACUGUGAUUUAAAACGAAAUUUCAUAUGUGAGAAAGAUAAAUAUUGGAAACCGCCAGUUAACACGCCAUCAUUAGUCAUCAAUCCGAAAACCCCGCCUACAGCAGCGUUUGUUCCUACGACCAAAAUGCAGACGUCAACAAUGUCACAAUCAACAACAACACCCAAACCACCACCAACAGUACAUAUUGCGCUGCCAACUCGUCCUGGUGUACCUGUAGUGAGCACAAAUGGCAAUAUAUUUGUUGGUGGAUGUGUGAGCAACAUAAAUGACUGUUUCAAUAAACCAGAAGGCGACUACCAAGGUUGCAAAGGGUGUAGUCACUAUGUCACGUGCGCUGCCAGUGGAUUGUGGCCAAGACCUUGUCCUCUCAACUUGAAAUGGGACGACAAUGUGAAGAGCUGUCAGUUCCGGUCAUCCACGUGCAGCGGACCUUAGAUCAAGUCAUUUACGUGCACUGUGACUUAAAAUGUUUUUGUUGUUAUUGACCCGCCGAAGAAGAAUUGUUUUUUUGUUUUUUUCUUCCAUGAACAUUUGAGUAUUUCAUAUGCUGCAGAAAUACACGUGCACUUGCAUUCUUAUUAUUGUGUUCGUUAUCACUGUUUGUUUGUGCAUUUGAUAUAUUUAUAUUAAAUAAAUGCGCCGAACUUUU